AUGGAGCAGGACCCUUCAUUCACCAUCCAGUUCGGUUCUCUACCCCCAACUUUACUCCACAUAGCGUCUGUAGCCGCGCCUGCUGCGCCAGUGACAGGGUGGAUGGGAGAGGCUGAAAUAGCGAAUGUGGAUUUUAACCUGGAUGGUGAUUAUGUUGCAUUCAUUAACGAACUGUGUGAGAAGCUAGCCAACAACCCAGAGCAAGCCGCGAAACUCGACGCAGAUCCUUUGACUUGGCACAGGGAGCAUCCUUUGCUCCCCAAGCAACAACGACCUAUUCAGCCACCAAGGUGGCUGCAUAUUAAUCUUACAGUGGAGAGUAGCAACAUAACUUUAAAGGUCCGUGAUGAUACAGUGUACCUCAUUGGUUUUAUGAACAAGAGUGGACGCUGGUACGAGUUUGGUUUCGAGUGCCUAGAGAGGGUGAGUGGGCAUAUGAUCGAUGGUGCCUCGUUUUUGCAGUGCGGGGUAGGGUACAGGGACUUAGUAUUAGACUAUAACCCUAUAGGUGAAGAGCAGCUUGCCAGCGCAAUUGAAAAUGUAGAAGAUAAAAAAGAAGCUAAGAAAAUUAUAGAGCAGAUUGUAAAAGGAGCUGCGAGUGGUGGCUCAGACCAUAAGAAACUGAGGAAAAUAUUGGGGGAGCUAGAACUCGGCAUGGAAUUAGCUAAAGCCGCUGUCCGUAGGCUGUCGAUCUACGAUGGUCUGGGACAGUUCCCACUUGAAAAAGACAUCAGGGAGUACUUGGCGUGCCUCAUUGUGAUGGUAUGUGAGUCCGCACGUAUGUUUCCAUACCGUCGCACGGUCCACAACGGUUGGGGGCUGUGGUCCGAUCGAAUUGUAGAUGGGGAGGUAGACUUCAUAUGGAACUGGGGGAGAAUGUCAGGCAUGCUGUUAGACUGCUGGAGGAAAUCCAACAGCCAAUUGAGGAAAAUCGGGAUCAAUGAUAGAGAAGCCGCACUCGCUGUCGUUCACCUGCUGCGUAACUCAGCGCCAGCUCCUCCACGCGGUGCCGGCAGCCAAGGCCAACAGUCGCAAACGCCAGCUGCGGGCUCUAGCAAACAAGAGCCGCAAACAGAGCAGUCGUGGUUUGAGAAGCCUAGCCAACCCAAGGCGCAGGCGCAGCAACAGCAAGCGACGUCCAUGGACGGUCAGCGAGGCAAAACGCUGGCGGAGGUGUUCCGCGUGAGUGCUAACAUCCAUCUCGUCAGUAGCAUCACCGUCUCUGACGGGAAACGGAGACAGAUCAUCUACAGGAAAAACCAAGGGCAUGGAUCUGGUGCCUCCAGUUCCGUGGACGACUCACAAUCGGAACUCAAUGCUUUGGUGCUCACUGGACCAUACAAAGCUAUCUCGGCGGAUGGAAGCUUCGUCCUUCAAGUUGAUACCAGUACCAGUGCAACUGCGACAGCUGAUCCAUCCAGGGACCAAUCUAGGAAUGUUGGUGCGGCCAUGUUCUGGGAUGGCUAUGCUGAAUACACACGGUGUAACCAGGUCUUGACGCACAACUUCACCAGGGCCCCCCACCACAACAUAGAGGUCACCUAUGCGGUGCUGACUAAUGCCGUGGAGGCCCAAGUCAAGGUUAUCCUGUUCAGCAACAAGAUCCCCGGUUCGACAACGGCAAACCCUGCCCGGGUCUAUGGUAAAAUCACCACACGCCUCGAGGGCAUGGAUGCUGAGAGUGUGCUCUUUAGCCGCGAACGGGAGGAGAAAGUGGAGGUCCAUCAUGAUGCAGUAGCCACUCUUCCACUGGCUCGGUCUAUAGUUGCAGUUCCAUUCGAUUCUAAGAUGAUGGUAACGUUGGAAUUGCAUGCUACAGUAUUUGGCGUGGGGGAUAUACCCAUUCAACAAGCUUCAGAGAUCCACAUUAAAGACGAUUACUUUGCGAUGGGAACGUCUUCCAACUAUGCCACCGUACAAGUGUGGGUCGACCAUUCUCCACUCCUUGCCGGCAGUGCAGAAAGUCAGUUUGUCGACCAUUCUCCACCCCUUACCGGCAGUACAGAAAGGCAGUUUGAGCAUUAA